CCUUCAACUCAUCUCAUCUGCACACUGGAUUUUGCACUCUGGAUUAUUUUCACCCCAUGUUGUGCCUCUUUAGAGCAGUUUGGGUGAAGAUGCUGAGGAGCUGCUGAUACGGGUGCUGAUAGGGGCUGGAGGCAGGUGGGCGCCAAACCUCCAGUAGACGCUGAUUGACAGGUCAUAGAAACCGGAGAGUUGGAUGGUGGUUUUAAACUAGGAAGAACUGACCCGAACCAAGAUCAAUAUGGAAUUCCGACUGGGAUUUAGGAUCUUCUUGGUCUUGGUCAUCCUGACUAUUUCAAGGGAGAAUGUGGAUGCUCAGAGGGCAGGGUGCAAAAACGUCCAUUAUGACCUAGCGUUCAUCCUGGAUACCUCGUCCAGUGUAGGCAAGGAGAACUUCGAGAAGAUCAGGCAAUGGGUGGCCAACCUCGUGGAGUCCUUUGACCUGGCGCCAGACAAGACUCGAGUGGCUGUUGUACGCUACAGCGACCGGCCCACCACAGAAUUUAACCUGGCGAGAUACAGGACCCUGGAAGACGUGAAGCAGGCCGCCAGAAACAUACGCUACCUUGGAGGGAAUACAAUGACCGGGGACGCUAUCAGCUACACCACCGACAACAUCUUCUUGGAGCAAAACGGGGCCAGGCCACUGGGAGCCAAGGGCAUCCAAAGGGUGGCUAUUCUGCUCACCGAUGGCCGGAGUCAGGAUUACGUUCUUGAGCCGUCCAAGUUGGCCGCCAGAGCUGGCAUCAGGAUGUUUGCAGUGGGCAUCGGCGAGGCGCUGAAGGUGGAACUGGAAGAGAUCGCGGCGGAACCGAAGAACGCUCACGUCUUCCACGUGACGGACUUUAACGCCAUCGAUAAGAUCAGAGGUCGGCUCAGGAGGAGGCUCUGUGAGAAUGUGCUGUGUCCAAAUAUGAAGGUGCAACCUGAUCGCUUUCAACCAAGCAGUACCAGCUACGGCCUGCAGCAGGUUCCUGGAUUUGACCUGAUGGAGUACUUCAGUGUCAGAGACAUUCUGGGGAGCAGACUUGAUGAGGGCCAAAGUGCCUACGUCCGUCUUGGCACCAUGCCAAUUGUGCAGCAGACUGAAGAUGUGUUCCCUCAGGGCUUGCCGGAUGAAUACGCCUUUGUCACCACGUUUAAGUUCAGGAAAACCUCAAGACGAGAAGAUUGGUACCUUUGGCAGGUCUUUGACAAAUAUGGAAUACCACAGGUGUCCAUCAGGCUGGAUGGCGAGAACAAGGCGGUGGAGUACAAUGCCGUGGGCCUGACCAAGGACGCCGUGCGAGCCGUCUUCAAGAACUCUGAAGUGGACAACCUAUUUGACCGCAACUGGCACAAGAUUGCUCUGAGCGUGGAGGCCAAGAGCGUGUCUCUCUACCUGGACUGUAAGCACAUUCAGACGCUGCCCAUCGGAGACAGGGAGGACAUCGACAUCCAGGGGAAGACGGUCAUUGGGAAGAGGUUGUAUGACAGCGUGCCAAUUGAUUUUGACCUUCAGAGGAUGGUGAUUUACUGUGACUCCAAACAUGCCGAGCUGGAAACCUGCUGUGAUAUACCCAAUGGGCCUUGCCCCCAGAAGGUGGUGACAGAGGCUCCUCCAGUGCCCAUCCCCACCCCCACCCCCACUGUGGCCGAGCAACAGCUGGGCCGCCAUACCAACUGCUCCUGCCCUGAAGGAGAAAAGGGAGUGUCUGGUAUUCCUGGUAUUGAUGGGCUAUCUGGAGACAGAGGAGACAAAGGAGAGGCAGGACGGUCUGGCACUCCUGGACUUACUGGUCUGAGUGGAUCAAAGGGAAUUCAAGGUGAUACAGGAUAUGCAGGGUCACCUGGACCAAAAGGUGUCGGUGGCGACCGGGGAAUAAAGGGUGAAAAGGGAACGACGGGACCCAGCGGGACCUCCGGUUUGGAUGGAUUUCCUGGAAAACCUGGCGUUCCUGGCCAAGAUGGUUUGAGGGGACUGACGGGUUUUCCUGGGGCCAGCGGGGUGAAAGGUGACAAGGGGGAGCGGGGCAUUCCCGGUUUACCUGGUGAUGUGUAUCAAAAAGAGGGCCUGAGAGGAGAAAAGGGCGUUGGAGGACCUUCUGGGCCGGCAGGUGCUGAUGGCCCACCAGGACCACCCGGUCCUCCUGGUCUACAGGGUCUACCGGGGGAGCCUGGAGAGUUUGGCCAAAGGGGAAAGAAAGGUGAAAGUGGAUUACCUGGGGUUGACGGACUUCCUGGACCUCCUGGUCCUUCAGGUCCAGCAGGACCACCAGGGAAGACGGGUAACACCGGACCACCUGGUCUGCCGGGUGAAAUUGGAUUUUCAGGCAAACCUGGCGAGCCUGGAAAACCCGGUGUUCCUGGUAAAGACGGACUGGAUGGUCUUCCUGGUAAUGAUGGACCCAUGGGUCCGAGAGGAGAGCGUGCAACAGAUGGUUUUCCUGGCAAGCCUGGACCAAAGGGUGAUGAUGGGCCUCCUGGACCAAGAGGACCUCCUGGGGAGCGAGGAGAGGCUGGUGCUCCUGGUCAAUCAGGUGUUGAUGGAGCGAGAGGAGAGAGGGGGACUCCGGGUGAAAGAGGACAGGAGGGACCAUUUGGGCCAAAAGGUGAAAAGGGUGACAAGGGUGAAAUAGGAGCCAGGGGGCCACCUGGUAUUGCUGGAGAUGUAGCAAGUGUAAUCCCUGAGCCGGGAGAACCUGGAAAACCAGGAGAAAAGGGAGAGAAAGGAGAACAAGGACAUGCUGGAGAAAUGGGCCCUCGAGGAUUACCUGGCGAACAAGGCUUCAAGGGUCCGCCUGGAGCAGCGGGUCCUAAAGGUGACACAGGACCUCAAGGAGAGACAGGACGUGUUGGAGACCCAGGCCCUCCAGGUGUAGCUGGUCCUCAGGGGCUCCGAGGACUACCAGGCCAUGCGGGAAUACCAGGCAUCAUUGGGCCCCCUGGUGUUGCAGGAGAGAGAGGAGACAAGGGAGAACCAGGCAAAUCAGGACAAGCAGGUCAACGAGGUUCACCUGGAGAACCUGGUCUGAUUGGACCUCCUGGACCGACAGGGAAGGGAAAAGAUGGCCUAUCAGGUGAACCAGGACCUCGGGGAAAUGAAGGACCCCCAGGACCAAAGGGCCCGCCAGGAUCAGUAGGGGAGCCAGGGCCACAAGGGGACAGGGGCUCCCCAGGUGAAGGCAAAGUGGGACCUCAAGGGUCUGCUGGAAAUAAUGGAGAUCCUGGAACUCCUGGCUUGAGGGGUCUGCCUGGUGUUACUGGUCCUCAAGGCCCUGCAGGACAUAAUGGUUUGCCUGGAAGACCCGGGGAGAAAGGAUCAGCUGGAGAGCCUGGAAAAGCAGUGGACCUUUCUGACUUAAAACUUAAAGACAUCUGUUCAGACUGCCCGGCAGGUCCACCUGGACCACCUGGAAUCCCGGGACUCCCAGGCGAUAAAGGACACCAGGGAGCUCCUGGGAAAAAUGGUCAAGACGGCUACAAAGGCUCGCCGGGGCUACCUGGACCUCAAGGGCCUCCUGGAACUGACGGAGGAAAGGGACUCAAAGGCGAACGUGGAACUUCUGGAGCCCCAGGAGACAAAGGAGAAAAGGGUCAUCCUGGACCUCCAGGCCACCCUGGUCCUGCUGGAAUGAUGGGCUCAGCUGGUAACGAUGGACAACCUGGUCCUGCUGGUCCCCCAGGACCCCCUGGAGAAAAGGGCAAAGAAGGUCUAAAAGGGAUCCAGGGACCUCCUGGUCUUCCUGGCCUGACAGGUCCACUUGGCAAGAUGGGCAAAGAUGGCCAACAAGGUGAAGCAGGAGAACCAGGCAAGCAAGGUGAACCUGGACCACCAGGAAACUCUGGACAACGAGGACUUCCAGGCUUCAAGGGCCACAGGGGAGAACCUGGUAGUCAGGGGUCAAAGGGAGAAGAUGGAAAGCCUGGACUACCUGGGCGGGAAGGCAAACCCGGAAAGGAGGGUCUAAAGGGGCCUCCAGGACCAGAAGGCCUUCUUGGACCAAGAGGAGAGCCAGGCAAACAAGGAGAACCAGGGCCAUCAGGCAAAGGAGGACUCCCUGGAACACCCGGUCUUAGGGGGGACAAGGGAGAACCUGGCAACCCUGGAUUACCAGGAUUCAGUGGGCCUAAAGGUCCUGCAGGUCCACAUGGUCCAGUUGGUCCUGAAGGGAAACAGGGAAUGCCAGGCAGGGUGGGCGACCGUGGCCUGAAAGGAGAGAAGGGCGACACGGGCAUCAAAGGAGACAAAGGACAAUCAGGAGAACCAGGUAUGCCAGGAAAUCCGGGACCUCCUGGCCGGAAGGGACACACUGGAAUGAUGGGCAUGUCAGGACCACCAGGAGAAUUAGGAUCUCCUGGUCCUCAAGGACCUUCUGGAAAUCCCGGAAUGCCAGGACCGAGGGGCGAGUCUGCUUCAGUGGAGCUGAUGAGACGUCUCAUUCAGGAAGAACUCAGUAAACAACUGGAUGCCAAGCUGGCCUACAUCACAGCUCAGAUGCAGCCAGCGCACGUCAAAAGUUCAGCAGGACGUCCGGGACCACCGGGUGCCUCCGGUAAGGACGGCGGUCCUGGACGACCUGGGCCACCUGGAGAACCUGGUAUGCCGGGACUGAACGGCGGAGAAGGAUCACGAGGACCCAUGGGACCUAAAGGUGAAAAGGGGACUGCAGGAGAAAAGGGAGAAGCAGGUGUCGGUGAAAGAGGCGAACAUGGUGCUCCCGGUCCAAUAGGUCCAGCCGGUAUUCCAGGCUACGGUAAAGACGGAAGCCCGGGACAAGCCGGAGCCCAAGGAGAACCAGGUAACCCCGGUCCUCACGGUCAACCAGGACCUGCAGGACCUCCUGGCCAGUGUGACCCCUCACAGUGUGCCUACUAUGCCAGCCUGGCCAACAGACCUCACACCAAGAACGUCAAAGGGACUUAAAGAGUUGUAUUUAUGAACAUUGUCUCAAUCCAGGACUUUUUUUUUUUGAGGACUGACGGUCAUUCUUUUUGUUUUCUGCUAUGAAGCUUUUUGGAUCUGACUUUUUCAGGAGAGCAGCUAAGUAUUUCUUCCUGACUUGCAUGCUUGCUGUACAACUCAUGGGAGACAAGGCGCUCCCUCCAGGUAAACUCAAGCAUAUUUUACCUAGUGCAAUUAUUUCAGGCAAGUGAUGUUGAUUAGAUUUGUGCUUCUCGUGCUCUUAUUGGCCAAAAACUUUGAAAUAUCAUUUUAAUUAGGGAAUAAACCAAAGUAGCUCACCUCUCCUCCAAACUCCUUGAUUUGAGCUUUUCUACCUCAAAAAGUCCUUAAAAAAACAAAUCAACUGUUGCACAGAAUUGAAGAUGAAUGACUUGCCUUGUGUGCAUCAAGUCAUUUAGAUUGUCGUAUAGAAGCUAUUUUUAUAGUAUUUUAUUAGGACUUUGAAGUGUUCUCACUAUAAUACAAAGUUAAGGGCCACCCUUUCCAAACACGCUGUGCGUAAAUAGGGCCCCGCCAUCUGUGGGAGCCCCCGUUUUGCUUGUAAAAUGUCAAUGAAUGACAAAAUGACAUUUUAUCUUAAACAUGUUCCUAGCCCCUUCCUGCUCAGUCACUGAUAAAAUGGCAAAACGUCCCUAAAUGUUCUCAUUGUCCCCAACAGUGCUGUUACUGGUCCAAUUGCAGGAAGGUUUCAAAUUAAUGUUUUAAUUGUGUUUAUUUAGCAUAAAUUAUUGGACAAUGUAUUUCCUAUGAAUUGUUAUAUUACACAACCUGCAUAAAGUUAAAGUCAAGUUUAAUCAUGAUUCCCGAGCGCGUCCACUGCUGCUGCUCACUGCUCACUGCUAGGGGGUGAACAUGGGGAUGGGUCAAAUGCAGAGGAUCAUUUCACCACAACUCGGUUGUGUGUGUGUGACCAUCGUUGGGACUUUAACUUUUAAUCAAAAACAUAUUCAAAUAAUUUCACAAAUAGAAAUGUGAAUUUUUUCUUUUUUGGUCUCCAAAUUCUGCUAAGAUCCCCGAUUUAGAAAGAAAAUAAUCGCCAAUAAGUCAAUCCUAUACAAACUGUAAAGCUAUUACUUUUAUCAGUAUAAAUAUUAAUUAUUCAUGAAGUUUAGUUACCUUGGCUGGUUAGGUCCUGAUCGUCAAACUGUGGUACGCGGGAACAUACCAUAUCAUCCCAAAAAUACAAAUGUACGAUUGCUAAAAUAGGAACGUUUAACUCCGCUGCAACACCUUUUGGAAGCUAAUUUGAGGUAGCAAAAAUGGUGGUACAUGCCGUGCCAUGGACUUAUCGAAUUGUUUCCACAGUCCCGUUAUUCCUGACUAAUGUACGAUCAAAUGGUGCUAAAGUGUGUGCGUAUUGUCAAGUAUGUACUGUAACUAUAAAGACUGGAAUAAAUCCAUCUCAAA